UGCUGAAAUAGCACCAUCUCAGAACAGCCCUGGGAACUGUGGAUCCACCCAGCUCAGCAUCCAGAGCAGGCUCAGCAACCAAGCAGCGAAGAACCCAGAGCUGUAUAUCAGCUGCUGCUGCUGCUUGCUCUGCCGACUGCUCUUGUCCCUUCUUUUUCUUUCAGCCUACCUGGAACUAUGUUAGCCUUUGUGUUCCGGCUAGUACUUGGAGUGUCAAAUGAGCAUCCUGCUCCAUGCAGGCUGACUGCUGUGAUUGAGUUUUUUUUGCCAGGCAUUUAGGAGCCAACAUCCCAUCUGGAGGAAGCUUUCCCCCCUAAUAUCAAGCCAGUCUUAUCUUGAGUGUAUAUGUUAUUUUCUGACUACUACACCUGGAAUUUCAGCAGAGCUGCUGCUACUGUACCUGGGAGCUGAUAACUUUCUACACAUCAUAAAAGCAUCACCUUUCUGAUACUUUUUAUAUUAUGUUUUUUAUAUUGAUUUUUAUUUGUCUUUUUAUAAAUUGAUCUCCUUUUCCAUGUGAAAGGAUUAUGCAACUCAGAUUCUAGUGUGUCUGUUCAUUCUGUAUGACCUUGCAUCCAGUGGACUCAGUGUGAUCUAUGUGCUUUUUAUCCUAUUUUAGUAAGUUAUUUCUAAAGUGGAAUUGGUUUAGAUAGUAGCACAGACUGUUAUGUUCAUGUACAACUGGAAUUAACUUCAUGAUUACAAAAUUCAGAAUAAGAAGACAAUUAUUGCAUUUUGGGAAUCUACGUUGCAGGUUUUAAUUCCUGUUUUAAGAUUUAUGAACAUUUUGUACUUUAGUUAGUGGCACCUGUGUAAUUGCACAAUGGCAUUGAGUGGAAACUGCAGAACUUAUGCCCCACCUAGAGACCAAGUGACAAUCCUGCAAUCUUUCCCAGAGGUGGUUGAAUUAAAUGUUGGUGGACAAGUUUACUUUACACGCCAUACAACAUUAACCAGUGUACCCCAUUCUCUGCUAUGGAAAAUGUUCACCUCAAAAAGGGACUCUAUAAAUGACCUGGCAAAAGAUGCCAAAGGACGUUUCUUUAUUGACCGAGAUGGGUUUCUCUUCCGUUAUGUUCUGGACUAUCUCAGGGACAGGCAGGUGGUUUUGCCAGAUCAUUUUCCAGAAAAAGGGAGACUGAAAAGAGAAGCAGAAUACUUUCUACUCCCAGAACUAGUGAAACUCUUAGCACCUGAUGAAGUGAAACAGAGCCCAGAUGACUACUGCCACAGUGACUUUGAGGAAGUCUCUCAAGGAAGUGAAACCAGAAUAUGCCCAUCUUCAUCUUUGAUGCCUUCAGAUCGAAAAUGGGGCUUUAUCACUGUUGGUUACCGGGGUUCAUGCACCAUGGGUAGAGAAAGCCAAGCAGAUGCAAAAUUUCGGAGAGUUCCAAGAAUACUGGUUUGUGGUCGUAUCUCUCUAGCCAAAGAAGUCUUUGGAGAAACAUUAAAUGAAAGCAGGGAUCCAGACAGAGCCCCAGAAAAAUACACCUCCAGGUUUUAUCUCAAGUUCAAACAUCUAGAGAGAGCAUUUGACAUGCUGUCAGAGUGUGGAUUCCAUAUGGUAGCCUGUAACUCUUCAGUGACAGCUUCAUUCGUCAAUCAGUACACCGAUGACAAGAUCUGGUCCAGUUAUACAGAAUAUGUCUUCUACAGGGGGCCGUCCAGAUGGCCAUCAUCUCAUUGUGACUGCUGCUGUAAAAACACAAAAGGAGACAAGGAGGGUGAAAGUGGAACAUCUUGCAAUGAACUCUCUACAUCCAGCUGUGACAGCCAGUCUGAAGCCAGCUCUCCUCAAGAGACAGUCAUCUGUGGGCCUGUGACCCGCCAGCCCAACAUACAAACUCUAGAUCGACCAGCCAAGAAAGGACCGGUACAGAUUCUCCAGCAGUCUGAAAUCCGACGGAAAAGUGACCUUUUACGAACUUUAACAACGGGGUCCAGAGAGUCCAACACAACUAAAAAAAAAGUGCUAAAGGAGAAGCUCUCCAUUGAGGAAGAGCUAGAAAAGUGUAUUCAGGAUUUCAUGAAGAUAAAGAUACCAGAAAGGUUUCCUGAGAGGAAGUAUUCAUGGCAAUCAGACCUGUUGCGAAAGUAUCACUUAUAGAAAAGAUGGGGGGUGGGGGGAAUAAAACACAAUUUUAUGGUACAUGAAACCUAUUGUUAAUAUGGUAGAUUGCCAUGUACACUUAAACUACUGCCUAUAUACAUAAAUCACCUUAACCCCUACUGGAUGGAUGUAUUUUACCAUCUACACUAUUCCUGACCGAUUCUUACCUACAGCGAAGGUGUUAACAUUGAUAGUUACAGGGUAUUAAUUUUUUUCCUCCAUGGAAGCACAAUGUAUUAUGUUCCGUUGACAUCUAAGCAAAAUGGUUUCUGCAAACACCAAUAGCACAAGCAUAAUAGACAUGAUAAACAAAUGCUUCUGAGCUUUUUACGUUUUUUUUUUCUCUUUAAUUUUUUAGUUUUCCAAAUUCAAUGUCCGUGUGUUUGUUAAGAAAGUCUCUGGAAGAGUAUCACUUCAAAAUGCAUGUUUCCCUACUGGAGGGUGGAGGUCACAUGAGUUAAAAAAAAAAGUAAAUCUGUAUCAUGAUUUUAAAUUUAGUGAAUAUAUUACUGCAUAAAUUAUUGGUCUUGUUAUAUCUGUUACUCUGAUCUUUCUUUCACGUUAGAUGGCUGCUUUGUGUGGUCAUAUAAUCUGUGGCUGCUUCAUAAUCUCUAUUUUUGUAGGAUUCUGAGCUGUGUGGAUGGUGUUUAACACUGAGAACUUAAAACCCUACCCUUAUUUUAGUCUACAAACAUCUAUCACCUGUGUGGACUCCAAGUAGGGGAACAUUCCUAUUCAAAUGGACACUCAGCCUUGUUAGCAAAUAUUUUAUGAACAAUGUUUGCAAAGUACAGGGCUUUUGUGAUGACAAAUAAUGUGUAAAAAUGAAUUGAUGUGCAAGUGCUUAAUAAAGUCUUAAGUGCUCAUUCACGCACUAACUGUU